UAUAGAUAAAAUCUUGACUGUGCUGGGUGCUGUGUAUCAUAUUUGUUUCUUCAUGUAAAGAUAAGUAAAGUUACAUAAUAUUACAAAUAUUGUAAGUGCUUUUUAUAUCAAUAAUUAUAGUGGAAUAUUUAUUUGUAAAAGAAAAAUGAACAGUAUCAAUUUAAAAUUUGCUUCCAAUUUAUCUUUUAUGUUUAUUGAGGCACCAUCUAUCAUUGAUAGAUAUAAAUUGGCAAAAGAAGCUGGUUUUAAAGCAGUAGAAAGUGGAUUUCCUUUUGGUUUUUCUAUUGAAGAUGUAUCAAAAGCCAAAAAAAAUGCAGAUAUUGAACAAGUUCUUAUAAAUGUGUUUACAGGUGAUAUUUCUAAAGGAGAAUUAGGAUUUGCAGCAAUACCUGGAGAAGAAGAAAACUUCAAAAAAAGUAUUGAUUUAACAAUAGAAUAUGCAAAUGCUUUAAAUUGUAAACGAAUUCAUGUAAUGUCAGGCAAAGUAAAUCAAAUAACAACUAUUAAUGAUGAUACUUAUAUAAAGAAUCUUUUAUAUGCAGUAGAGAAAUUUGAAAAAGAAGGAAUAAUUGCACUUAUAGAACCUAUUAAUAAUAUUACUGUGCCAAAUUAUUAUAUGAAUAGUUUUCAAAAGGGCUUAGAUGUGAUAAAAAAGAUAAAUAAAUCAAAUUUAAAACUACAACUUGAUAUUUUCCAUUUACAACAUAUUUGUGGCAAUAUUACAAAAAACAUCAAGGAACUUUUACCAUAUAUAGGUCAUAUACAAAUUGCUCAAGUACCAGAUAGACAUGAACCUGAUACUUCUGGAGAAAUAGAUUAUAAAUAUGUUCUUUCACUUCUAGAAACAGAAGGAUAUAAUGAUUAUAUUGGUUUAGAAUAUCAUCCAAUGUCAUCUUCAAUAAAUGGAUUAAAUUGGAUACAAAAAUAUGGUUAUAAAUUAUAAUAUACGCUUUAAAAAUAUA